AUGGCCUUCUGCAGCUAUGGUUCAGUUUCUCUUCUGUCCCCUCAUACCCCAGAGCCCAUCCCCCACCCCCAGAUUCAGAUUCAUUCAUCGUCCAACACAUCAGGCUGGUGCAACGUCAGCCUGGAGUGUGGGACCCCAGGAGCCACAGAGAACCUGACAGUGACCUGGCUGACCAAGGGCCUCCCCAGGGAGCUGGAGCAGAAAGAGACACUGGGGCCAGCCCCCAACUCCAGGAAUCUAAGCCUGAGCCUGCCCCUGAUCCAGUUGAAUGGCUCACUCACCUGUGUGGUCAGCAACCCUGUGGACAAGAAGAAUGCAACUUUACGCCUGGAGAACAUAUGUCCGUGGGUGGGUUCUCUUCAGAGCAAUUGGCUUUGGAAAUGCAUCCUUCCCACUGUUUUGAUGGUGAGCCUGGGGGCUGGAGUGUGGAUCUGGAUGAGGAAGAAGAUGGAGACUGGGAGAGGUGGGUCCACUCUCCUGCCCGAAGUGCCGGGAUCAGCAGCUGAUCCCCAGGCCCUUCCCACAGAGGAAUCUGCUGACCUACAGACUGGUGGGGCCAAUAGCCGUGACUCUCCCUACAUGUUGAUCAGCCUUCUGAGACACCCUAAGAAAGACACGGAGAAUGGCAGCUGCCAUUCAUAUAGCACUGGGCGUGCUCCAGUAGUCCACACCAUCUACGAGAAGAUCCGGAAGAGCCCAGAGCCCCAGGGGGACGCCUACACCACGAAGACACUGGGGCAGUGAGGGGCCUUGGCACGAUCUGCCCCAGCCCACCCUUCACCCCAGUGUCCCCAGAUAUCCCUCCUUAAGGUGGAGCUGGGACUAGACCCCAAGUCUUUCUGACCCAUCCCACUGAGACAGCAGAGCAGCAUGAACUGCUGCCCUGGGCUCCCCACCAAAGUUUUCUCACUUCACAGAUUGUGGGCAGUGACUCUGCUACUCGAAUAUCCAAGUAUGAGAGGUGAACUUUUCAGUGGUCAGCCAUAUUUCUGACCUGUGACCCACUAAACCCCAUUAGGGAACACCUAUGGUUAGGCAGGAUCUGUGUAGGGAUGGUCAGGGGAAAGAGAUGCUUUCCCAGAGUAAGGAGGGUCCUGGUGCCCCUGAGAGGGAUGGGCCUUGGGUGGAGGACCUUCAGGAUGUCACUGCCCAGCCCACUACCCAAGAAUAGAGAAAAGGAUGGCCUUUGACUAUGGACAAAGCAAGAGGCUGGCAGAUAUAAGAUUCAGGAUCAGUUGUGCCUUAGAAAGGAAAGGUGGAAAGGGAGGGAAAUGUUUUUUGAGCUCCAUCACCUACCAGGCUUAAUUCUAAGCACAGUAAAUUGACUAUCUCAGGGUUUCUGAAAUUCAAGUAAUUCACAGACUCUUUUAUUUUUAUUACAUAAUAUAUGCAUACAGUAUAAACAUCAAAAGAUGUCUUGUUGAAAUGAUAAUGUUUCAUCACUUUAUUGGUUUUGUAGAUAGGGUCUUGUUCCCUUUAUAUCUUCCAACUAGUUGAUUAAAAUAAUACAUACGUAACAUAUAUUAAUUAAACCCUGUUGCUAAAUUUCUCUACUGUUUGUAACAGUUUUUCAUUUGAUCUCUUUGUGUUUCUGGGUAAAUAACCAUAUUUUCAACAAAUAAUUAGAAUAUUUGCUUCCUUCUUUCCAAUUUUUAUGUCUCAGUCCUUUCUCUUGUCUAAGUGCAUUGGCUAAUACCUCCAAAACCAUGUUAAAUAAUAGUGAUGAUAAGAUGUUCCUAAUUUUAGUAUAGAUGCUUCUAGUGUUUCUCCAUUAAGCAUGAUGUUGUUUGGUUACGGUAUAUAUGUGUUUUCAUGUUAAGAAAGUAUGUAUUUAUUCCUAUUGUAUCAAGAGUUUUAUUGAGAAUAAACUGUUAAAUUUUAUCAUUUCUCCUUU